UCAGGGGUCAUGUGACCAUGAAAGUCAUGUCACUAGUAUAAAUCCUCAGACAGACCGCGUACUGCUUCUCUCCCAGCCCUGUAUCCGGUUCGGUCUGGCUGUAACGUGAGCCAUGGCAGACCAGGCUUUUGUCACCCUCGCCACAACUGACAAUUAUGCCAAAGGAGCAAUGGUACUUGGCAAGUCCUUGAGGAACCACAACACAUUGAGGAAACUAGUGGCCCUGAUUGGCCCCCAUGUCUUGGAACCCUCCAGAGCAGUGCUUCGUAAAGUCUAUGAUGAGGUCAGGCUGGUGGACGUCCUGGACAGUGGGGAUGCUGCACACUUGGCCAUGAUGAAGAGACCUGACCUGGGCGUCACCUUCACCAAACUCCACGGCUGGACCCUUACAGAAUACUCCAAAUGCGUGUUUAUGGAUGCAGAUACUCUAGUUUUGUCUAACAUAGACGAGUUAUUUGAGAGAGAGGAGCUCUCUGCUGCACCAGAUCCUGGCUGGCCUGAUUGCUUCAACUCUGGUGUGUUCGUCUUCCAUCCCUCCAACGAGACCUAUGGGAAGCUUCUCACCACCUGCUCAGAGAAUGGCAGCUUUGAUGGUGGGGAUCAGGGCAUUCUCAAUAGCUUCUUCAGUGAUUGGGCAACAGCAGACAUUUCAAAACACCUUCCUUUCAUCUACAACCUCAGCAGUAUCGCCAUCUACACCUAUCUCCCAGCAUUCAAGCAAUACGGCCACGAUGCCAAGGUAGUUCAUUUCCUUGGCAAAGUCAAACCGUGGGAUUACAGUUAUGACACCACAAGCAAAACAUUAAAGGGACAGUCCCAGGAUGCUUCUGACAUGCACCCCAACUUCUUGCUGCAAUGGUGGGAGCUUUUCUCUUCUUCAGUAUUGCCCCUCAUGAAGGAGGAAUACGGUGACCAGCCCUUCCAUUCCGGAUGCACAGAGUUUCGUAUCACAUGGGAUAUUGCAGCCUACACCGACACAACUAUUGUUAGAAAUGCUGUUGUGUUGGGUAAAAAUCUCUUCCUGGAUGACUUUCCAUCAACUGACAUGGUUCAUAGUGAUAUUCACGUUGAUGUGGCUCAGAUGCACAUGUCCCAUCAUCCCCCUCCACCUCAGAUGUCGUCUCAGGAGCGCAAACAGAAGUGGGAACAUGGCCAAGCAGACUACAUGGGACUGGACUCUUUUGAGAACAUAGAGAAAAAGCUAGAUUCUUUCUUGAAGUGAGAGCCUCAUAGGAACGGAUCAUCAGAUCUAGUUUUGUACUAGGGUACGUAUAGGCCAUGAAAUCACAUUAAAAAACAAAAAUAAAAAAUACAUCCUCUAAUUUUUAUACCAGUCCAGACCAUCUAUGCAGCUCAACUACUCAACCUCUUACACACUGUGAUUGCAACAGUUAUUAGAAUGACACAAUAUGUCACUUGCCUCAUUUCCAGAGGAGACGUGACAUGACGUAAUUAUUCAGUCAUUGUUUCUGAUCUCACUGAACAAGACACUACUGUUGUUGUUUUUUUAUUAUUUAAAAUACUAUAAUGUAAAUGUUACAACUUAUUUGCCUUUUGGGUGUUUGUGAAGAUCAGAAACAUUUGAAGAAAAUAGAGAAACAUACAGCAAACAAAACAAUACCAAACCUUGUAAAUGUCAAAUAUACUGUACACCACUCCAUAUUCAAUAUUAAUCAUCUAAUGAUAUUGUGUUUACAAUACACACUGUGUGCUGCCAACUCGCUUGCAUUGUUAAUAUUGGCUCUGAUACACAUCAGCAACUCUUAUUGUGUGCACCAAAGUCAUUCUUCUCUUGCCUACUGGGCAAUCACUCCCUGGACCAGGGAUAAGGCACAAGGGUUUUGCUACACCUUGUUACAACUUAUGCUAGUAAUGCUGUAGCUGUUGUUAACUAGUUCGUAACCUCUCUGUAGCUCUGCUCCCACCUGCAACAUCUGAAAUAAAGAACUAGUAAUACGAGUCCUAAUUUAAUGUCAUUAGAACCAGUUGAAGCUUUCAUGAACAAAUAAAAAUCUAAUGUUUACUGUAAUGAAAAUAACAACCAUCUUAGAUUAAAGAGAUAUUGUGUAUAUAAUGUGAGUUGGAAAAAAAAGAACCUAACUGAACAAUUUGCAAUAAAGUAAAAGAAGUGCUGUCUUUAAA